AGCCCCGACAUAACGGCACUUGUCACAGCGCGAGACAUAAAAGCAAAUACUGGCGCAAUUUGUCGUUAAAAUUUUCACGUGGAAUCGUUUGGGAUUUAACUUAAAAAAACUGUGGAUAGAAUUUGAAAAUUAAAGAUGCGUCGCCGUGAUAUUUUACGGAUGUGGGCGCAAAUAGUACAACAGACGGGCAUAGAGAAAUAUACGGCCAAGGAAUGGCAGGAAAACUACGAAGAGUUCUGGAAAUGCAUGCAGUCUCCCACAGAUCCAUAUAUACGCAUUGAAAGUAUCGAUCAUCUGCUAAACGAUCAGGCAGUCGGGAAUCAGCAACAGCAGCCGCCAAAAUUGAAUCCAACGAAACGUAAAUCUCAACCGAAAGCUGAGCAAGCGUUGGUCCACAAUUAUAACGAAUCCGAGCCACUGGCUAUAUGGCGAAAGCGCAUUAAAUCGGAGACAAAUGUCUUGUUGUCGAAAGAAUCAAAGACAACCAAAGCCAAGAAGCAGACCCGGAAUACAGUUGGAGCAGCAGCUACUGAAGAUCAGAUUCCAAAGGGAAAGGAAACUGACGAACAGAUGGUAAACGAGGAUACACCUGCUCCAAAAUUUACUAACAAUUAUUCGAGAAGAAGCGCCGUCAAACAAACAGCCAAGUACAGUCGUCCAUCUCUUCUCCAGGAUGCAUCGUUGGAAUGUCAACCGGAUGAGGAGGAAGCUCAAGCUGAGGAGCUAGGUAAGAUACAUGAAAAGCGUAAACAGCAGCAAAAUCAGCAUGAGGACGCGGGUACAGAGCUUGAACAGCUGGAAGCUCAAGAGGAUGAGAUAGAUGUAGUGAAUGUAGAGCAGGAAACUCAACAGGAUCAACGGGAGCAAGAAAUUGAACAACCGAAAGCUCAAGAUCAACAAAGGGAUCGCAUAAUUCUUAAGAUUAAGAAGCAACAAAUUCAGCAAGAGUUGCUAUAUGAGUUGGAGCAAGGAAUUGGACAGCAAAAUUUACAGGACCAUCAAAAGAAUAAACUAAUUCUUAGGUUUAAGAAACAAAAAAUUCACCAAAUAACUGAGCUGGAGCAAGAUGUUGAGCAACAGCAGCCUGAACAGAAGCAGGAGAAGAUUAUGUUGCAUAAAAAUCCAAAAAAGCAGCUUAUUCAUGUAUAUGAAAACAUGGAGAAGCAGGAAACUCUAUUGGAGAAGCUGGAACUACCAGAAUCCGAGAGUUGGGAGCAGGAAUUUCAACAAGAUCCGCUAAGUGAGCCGGAUCAUGAGUUGCAGGAACAGAAGCAACGAAAUCGAAAACAGAGAAUGCAGCUGGAACAAGAUGUUGCCCAGCACAAAGCACCAGAGGUGCAGCAAAUUCAACAAAUAAUAAAGAAUAAGAAGAAAAAAGUAUACCAGCAGCUGAUGGAUGAGCUGCAACAAGAGAUUGGCAGCCACAAAGUUCAACCGGAGCUGCAUGAGAAGCUUCCGAAUCAAUUAAAACAGAACAGAAAGCAAAACAAUCAUAAGGAGCUGCUGAAUCAGCUGGGCCAAGAGAGUGAGCAGCAGGAGCCGCUGAAGCAGGUGGUAGAAAAACGGAGACCGCAACAAGAUCAUGUCUCAAGGCAAAAAGUACACCAAGAGCUACUAACUGAGCUGGAGCAAGAGAUUGAAAUGCAGAAAGCAGAACAGAAGCAAAGUAUUCAAAAGCAGAAACUUCAAAAGGAGCAGGAUCAACAUGGGCAAAAGACAGAUCAAGAGGAGCAUCAGACCGAUUCUGAGCCGGAUAUCGUGUCGUCGCAGCCCAAGAAAAGCACCAAAAGGGGAAGGCAGUCGGAUACUCCAGCCAGGCAAAAUAAAAGAAAGCAAGCUAAAAAUACAAGCCCAGAGCUAGACGCUGUGUUGGAGCAGGCGUCCGCGCCACGUCGAAUACGCACGCGCUUACAAUGCUCCAACCAAGAACAACAGCAACAACCAAAUCAAGAUCAACAGCAGCUGAAUGCGAUUAGAAGAUGCAGCAGAUCAAAGCGUCAAUCAAAUGCUGUAAUCUUAGUUUGCGCCACCCUCGAGUACUUGCCACAUAAUAAUCAAUUUCUUUUGUUACCGCAGAUGAACGCUCAAAUCGCGCACAUGUCGCAAAAAGCAAUCGAUUUAACACCGACUGACGAUUCAGCCACAUCCGCUGCUUCGACUUCCACUUCCACUUUGCAAUCAAAUGAGCCGGAAAAUCUCUGCAUGCCCAAGGGCCGAAAACAUCUUGAAGCUGUGCCAGAAACUCAAGAUAAGCACAAGCUAAAUUUAAGCCCGACUAAAGACUGCUCCAAGCAGUCGCUUGAGCAACCUGUUGAGCAUAAUUCGAAUGCCGAAUCUGAGCUGGAGGAUAUGCUCAUCAAUGAGGCUAUGCAGCUGACCGCUCCACUUACCGCACCCACGGAUCUGGGUCAAAUAUUGGCCGACGAUGGCAAAUGUGGCGUUCAGGAAAUCGAUCGCUGUUUGCAGAUCUUUAAUGACAAAACGCCAAGUGAGAUUGACCAUCAAAUAGCUGAUACAACGGAUUUUUUUGAUAAUUUGCCCAAUUUGUCAACAAUAGUUGAGAAAACGCCACUCGAGCUGGACACGGUUAUGAAUAAUGUGCUCAAUUACGAAGGCGAUGAUGAUGAUGAUGACGAUAUUGAUGCUAUAUCAGUGACCACAUCCUGGGACGGCGAAGAUGAGCCCUUUGGCUAUACAAAUUCAGCCAAGCAGCCAACUGAAAAUACAAAAGUUGCACUGGAGGAAAAGGCAGCCGCACAGCCAGUGAGAGCUCAAGAGAGCUUCGAGACAGUUGCUCAGAUUGAUUCUACGGUGUCUUCCGCCAAGACGCGUCUCAGCGAGUUGAUGAAUUUUCGCAUACCCAAGAAAGAAAACAGACAGUCGGAGCAACUGCCACGACGGCAGCAAGGGAAACAGCCGGAGGCUCAAAUUAUGAGAAGCCAGCAGCAACAGCCGCCGCAGCAGCAGCUGCCAAAGGGACGGCCUGCCAGAGGCAGCACAAGAUUAGCUGCAGCCGGAGAAACGACAGCCAACUCCGGUCCAAUCUUUGCGCCACCGUUUCGCCUGCCACCGGAACCGGACAAUGCACUCUCCGGCAUUCCGAAUAUUUAUACAAACGAAUGCAAAUAUUUCAUAUUUGGCAUCAAAUGCUGGCGCUUCUUGGAUGGGCAAUGCGACCAAAUCAAUUGCCAGCACACGCUCAGCGGUCCGUGGGAGGUGCAGCGGCGCCUUCAGUCGAUGAAGCUGGACAAAUUAUGCGACACGUACAGCAUGGUGUUGCGUCAUGGGCUGCUCUUUCGAAACUUUUUCGUGGUAUUUGCUGAGAUCUUCGGUAAUCGUGGCAUGCGGUCGCAUCUGCUGCGAAUGGUUCAGGAUUGUAGCUUAUAUAUGGCAUAUUGUGCGCCCUUUAUCACGGAUAUUUAUUAUCUGCUGCUGCGCUACGAGCUGGCGCCUCAAUUGGCGGCGGCGCAUUUCAUGAAGCAUCUGUGGCGUCCAAAUAUUGGUCACGCCUAUCCGGAUUUGACCAUGCAGCUGCUCCGAAUACUCGCUGCAGCCGAUUGGUUUAAUUACAUACCAAAUCUGAAUCAUCUGUUCUACAAUCAGAGCUUUCCCAUACCCGUCGAAUUUAUGGCCUGCCUGGCCCAUGAUGCUGUCGGCAAGAAUGAUCCGGUGCUGGUUAAAAAAUGUUGGGAACUGGUGCUCUUCAGUCCCAUCGAUCGAAAUGACGAAGCUCUGAGCUCGGUUAUUAAAAUCCUGCAGAACUGGAGCGAAACUGCGGGCAAGGUGCAGGCGGACGCAGCUCAGCCGGCGAUGCGGGAGCAACUGCUGUUGCAGCAGCAGCAGCAGCAACAAUUGCCGCAUCGCUACGUCAGCUUGCCGCCAGCGGACAAAAUGGCCUACAAUCUGACGAAUCCGUUUCGACACACCUUCGAGGAUAAUAUCGAUUUGAGCGAUUUUUAGGACAACGGCAAACAUUUGACCUUUCGGACUCUGGACUUUAUCGUUAUUUGCUGUUGAGCAGCGUUUACAAAUAUUCAUUUUAACAAA